AUGUCACAUGAUUUGAAGUCAUUCCCCCCCCCCUAACUAUUCAGUGUAUUGUAAUACUAAUAUAAUAGAUCUAGUCAAUCUUUCUAGAAUAAUCUAGAUCUAGAUCUAGACUCUAGUAGGUAAAACCACAUCUGAGGUAGAAGAUGGCCGUGUUUCACUUCCUGUGCUGCUUACUUGCUUUUGUUGUUGCUGUUAAUGGACUUGAUAAUGGCCUAGCUAGAACACCGCCUAUGGGAUGGUUGUCAUGGCAAAGAUUUCGCUGCAACAUCAAUUGUGAUCAAGAUCCAUUGAACUGUAUCAGCGAGAGACUGUACAAAGAUAUGGCUGAUCGCUUAGCUGCAGAUGGGUACAAGGAGGCUGGCUAUGUUUAUGUGAACAUUGACGAUUGCUGGGCAGCAAAGCAGCGUGACCCAGUUACAAUGAAACUUGUCCCUGAUCCUAAACGAUUUCCUAGUGGCAUUAAAGCAUUAGCUGAUUACGUGCACAGCAAAGGGUUAAAGCUUGGAAUCUAUGGUGAUAUGGGAACAUUUACUUGUGGAGGUUACCCUGGAAGUAAGUUUACCAUGGCUACAGAUGCUCAGACAUUCGCCGAAUGGGGAAUCGACUCUUUUAAAAUGGAUGGCUGCUACUCCACCACUGACGACUUCUCCACAGCCUAUCCAAUCAUGGAGUUUUAUUUAAAUCAGACUGGUCGUCCAAUCCUGUUUAGCUGCAGCUGGCCUGCUUAUGAAAUGUCCUUCAAUCCCAAUUAUCCUAAAAUCGCUAAGUAUUGCAACAUCUGGAGAAACUUUGACGACAUUGACGACUCUUGGGACAGUGUGAAAAGCAUCAUUAAGUAUUAUGGAGAUGAUGCAUACAAUUUUAGCUCUGUUGCUGGACCUGGAAAUUUCAAUGAUCCAGAUAUGAUUAUUAUUGGUAAUAAAGGUCUAAGUCCAUCUCAGGAAGAAGUUCAAAUGGCCAUGUGGGCAAUAAUGGCAGCACCAUUGUUUCUUUCCAACGAUCUCAGAAACAUUUCCGAAAGGUCUCGUAAUUUGAUUCUCAACAAAGGUGCAAUAGCAAUUAACCAAGAUCCCCUGGGUAUUCAAGGAAAACGCCUUUGGCAGAUUGGCAGCAUUCAAGUUUGGCUGAGGCCAGUGCUACCCAAUGGAAGUUAUGCAAUCGCCAUUUUAAAUGAAAAUUAUGGAGGAUAUCUUUCUCCUGUUACUGUCUCCCUUGCUGACCUCGGUGUGGUGGAUAAUGGAACGUAUGUCCUUAACGAAGUGUUCACAGGAAGCUAUAUAGGUACUUAUGGUACCAAGGAUUCUGUGGUUAUUAAGGUUGAUGUAUCCAGUGUGUUCUUUGGUAAAUACACAAGGAAAAGUUAAAUAAACAUCAAUAGACAUUUUCUUUUUUUUACUUAGAAUGGUAGAUUUUACUACUUAGCAUGGUAGAUUUUAAAGCAGUGUUUUCACAAAGUGUAAUAUUUGUACUCUAUGGACAUAGUUUCUCAUGACUUUUCUAAUCUUCACUUUUAUAGGAGUGCUCAAAGGGAAGUCAUUAGACAUUUCUUUAUCACUUUAAUUGCAUUGAAGGGAAAUAAUUUGAAACUUCUUUUUUAUCAUUUUUAUAGGGAAGUAAUUUUUAUAUUUAUAGAUAUGCUUGAAAAAAAAUAUUUAAUGUGAAAAUUGAUAUUAUCUGUCUCUAAACAUUUGAAUUGUCAUACAGCUAGAAAACGUAUUAAUUGAAAACAUAUAUGUAGUCUUACGUCAUGCAUUUGAGAAGUUCAAUCCAAGAUAUUUCACAUUCUAGAGCAGAAAAAGCACAAGAAUACAAAUGGAAGGUCCUGAAUGCAAACAUCUCCUCCAUGAUAUAUAUAUAUAUAUAUAUAUUUUCUUAUUCCAGGACAUCUAUAAGUCUACUAUCAUAAAACUUGAAUUACAAAGUUGGCUGACUUUUUUGUGUGUAUCCAAUGUACCAAUUUUAAAUAUUUAAUUUUCUAUGUAUGAUAUUGUGUAUAAAUAUUACAGCUAUUGAAAGAGACAUGCUAUAAGUAAAAGUAUUUUUAUUAUUCACUAGUAGCCAUGGUCAUUUUUCCCAAAUGCAAUUUAAAUAGUUAACGCUUCAGACCCCUUUUUUGUUUUUUGAAAUUUUGUUAAAAAGAUGCAUUUUGUUAUUCAAAUUGAGUAUAAUUGAAUAAAAAAAUAGAGAAUUCUGAUAUCACAACCAGUAGUUUUCAUAAGAUGGUAUUUGCUAUGUUAGAAAUCUAAACAUAUAUUUUUUAAAAAUCUAUUAUUACCGUUAUUAUUAUUAAUUUUUUUGUUUGCUAAGAGAACUCCAUUUUAUGGGACUUGACAUUUUACUAGACUUACCAGUACUAAAAAGAUUUUCACCAUUUUUUUUUUCUAUUUCUUAAGCUUGCUAUGCAACAAUUUCUCCACUUUAAAUUAGUAAAUUUAUUAAUUUAAAUUAUAAUCAUUUGUUCCUUUUUUUUGUGAUUAGUUGCAUUACAAAUGUUUGUUGCAUCACUUGUAGUAUUUGGCCUAGUUUGAGAUGCCUACAUAGGGCAGCACCAUUGCAUGUGUGUAUAGCUUUUAAAUCAGUGCCACGUGUCCAUUUGUUUAAUUUUAAGAUUUAAUAGUUUUGACUGUUUUGACCAAUGUGUGAGACAUUCUUUUUUUUUUUAAGUAAUGCGAGCACCCUUUUAUUGUUAACAAUUAAUUUUGUUUAUUAUUGAUAUGCAAGGGAAUUUGAAGGGUGGGUUAUAAAUAGUUAAAAUCCUUUUUUGUUUUAUUAUCCAUCUUUUGAACAAACAAGUUUUAAGUGGCUACUCGGAUGUGAUCUAGGAGGCCCAGUGGCUGAGCGGUAAAGCCCUUGGCUUCCGAACCGGGGGUCUGAGAUUUGAAUCCUGGUUAAGACAGGGAUUUUUAAUUUCUGGAUCUUUGGGCGGCCUCUGAGCCUACCAAGCUCUAAUGGAUACCUGACAUUAGUUGGGGGAAAAGUAAAGGCGUUUGGUCGUUGUGCUGGCCACAUGACACCCUUGUUAAUCGUGGGCCACAAAAACAAACGUUCUUUACAUCAUCUUCCCUAAAGACCACAAGGAGUGAAAGGGAAACUUUACUUUACCGAUGUGAUCUCUCUGUUCAAUUUUUGCAGUAGGGUUAUUAAAGCAAUCAUUUAUUAAAUAUUAAUUGUGCGAUAGUCAGGAUUUAGUUGAAAUGUUUUACAUCUUGAUAGCACUGGCUCGUUGUUAGAGUUAAGAAAAUUACAUCAUUGCCUGAUUGUAUGUAGCGUAUCAUCAAUUAUUUUUCUUCUGCAUUCUCAUUAGUAUGUUGAGAUGAGUCGAGAUGAUGUAUUUUAUGUACUUUGUCUGAGAUGAAUUAUGUAGUUAUUCUCAGAAAUAGCAGCUCUCUCUAUGUGUAUAUACAUAUAUAUAUAUUUGGCUCUUAUUGAAACGUGAUGGGGUGAGCUGGGGUAUUUUUCAAUGUACCGGUAGCUUAUGCUUAGAAUGUGCUGAUUUUCUUUUGUUAAAAGAUUUGGUUAAAUUAAAGAAUCCCAUGUUUGUAUUAAAUCUAUAAAACAUUCCUUUUUAAUCUGCCUUUCUAUUUUGGCAUAACUGUUUUAUUAACUUUCUGAAAAUGUUUUUAUUUUUGUAUGAAUAAAUAUGUAUGAUAAUAGUGA